GGGAGGAGCGAUCGCGAAGAUGUGGUGCCUCGUCAGUCAGGCCAACUCCGUUAUCCUCGAGGUACAGGUCGACCCAAAGGCCAUCGGCCAGGAGUGUCUCGAGAAGGCCUGCGACUGCCUGGGAGUCAGCAAGGAGUGCGACUACUUCGGGCUGAAGUAUCAAAAUGCGAAGGGCGAGGAACUCUGGUUGAAUCUGAGGAACCCCAUAGAGCGGCAGACCGGCGGUGGUGUAGCGCCUCUAAGAUUCGCUCUGAGGGUUAAGUUUUGGGUACCGCCUCACCUGUUGCUGCAGGAAGCCACCAGGCACCAGUUCUACCUGCAUUCUCGUCUCGAGCUGAUUGAGAGUAGGCUGAAGGUCGCGGAUUGGGGCUCUGUGGCUCGUUUGGUCGCCCUGAUAGCGCAAGCCGAUAGUGGCGAUUACGAUGCGCUGUCACCGCCGCACGCGCUCUAUUCUCAAUGCUGUCACAUACAACCCGCGGAGCCAUGCGAGCCGAAGCCGCAAGACUUCCUGCUGCGGAUAGUCCAGCAGCACAAGGAAAUCAAAGGAAUGAAAACGUCGACCGCUGAAUAUUGGCUCUUGAAAGAGAUAUCAAACCUCGACGCAUUCGGACAGGAAAUGUUUCACAGUAAAUUUGGAUACAACGGAGUGUCUAUGAUCGGCGUUGGUCCGCACGGAAUUACGGUCUACCGCAAUCAGGACGAAGAGACGCAAAACAUACCGUAUACAGCCAUACAAAGCGCUACAUCACAACGGCGGAUGUUCCACUUGGUUUACCUCUCACUUGACGGCGAGGAGACAUCACUGGACUUUAAAUUAGACUCCAGCCAGUCCGCCAGUGGACUUUACAGAGCAAUCACCGAGAAACAUGCGUUUUACAGCUGCGAGACAGUUAGGAGCGCGGUCACCGCGCAAUUUAUCCGUGAUUUAAAGGGGACAAUAAUUUCCAUUUUCAAUGAGGACUCGACCCUGGGCAAGAAAUAUGUAUUCGAUAUACGUAGGACCUGCCGAGAGGUAUAUGAUAAUGCGCGGCGUGCACUUUAUUGCGAAGCGGCGACCAUAGCUCUGCCAGAGGAGAACGAGAUCCUCGAUAGGCAUGCCUGCGGGGAGUGCGAGAAUCCUAAGUGCAAGGAAUCUCGAGAAUGUUUAGCGAGAUUACUGGACGCUAUGCUUUGCCGGAUCUGCAUGGAUCGAAGUUUAGACACAGCCCUAUUUCCCUGCGGACAUGCUGUGGCCUGUUUGGACUGCGCUCGUCGCUGCGAACGUUGCCCGUUAUGCCGGGCCGACAUCGAUUACUGCCGGACGAUAUACCUCCCUAUCGAACUAACGCACAUCGACAAGCACAAUCCGAAACUGCUGUCGGAGACAAUCGAGCCUGUAUUCAGCAAGCCGCUGACGGAGGAGAUAAAAGACAAAAGAAUUUUGGACAGCGAGCCGUCGGUCGACAGUAAUAUUUGAGAACGUCGAGUCAGACUCGGCGCGUUUGAAAGAUUCUUUAGGAUUGUCACUUGCCGCGCAGGAAGGGUUUACUGAAAUACAGGAGUGAAGCACUUUUCUAUUUAUCCGUCGAGCGACCGACCGAGUUUUUCGACGUUCGUUUGCAUUCCGCAACGACGUUCAUCCGAUUAAAAAAAAUUUUUUUUGCG